CUCUAAUCAAUGCCUCACACCGGGGGACAUCCACCUGAACGGGAAAUAGAAGGCAGAGUCUGGCCCGCGAAGGAAGCUCAAGCCCCUCGGCAAGCUUGGCCGCGCACGUAUGACAUUGCGGAAUAGGGACAGGGCCGGCGAGGCCACGUGCUCGAGCACCCCGGCAGAUGGCAGAUCACCACCUGACUCGUAAGCUGCAGCACGUCUUGAAACUGCCCAGGAGCGGUAUUGCACCGCCAUGCGUUGUUCGACGUCCAGCGGCAUGGGUGGGUAUACAUUGACGAUGCUCUCUCCUCGCUUUGCACGAUUGAGCCCCAGAGCACAAGCCCCUUUCCUUCAUCCCGUCCCAUACCACCCUCUCCUAGCCCCUCAAAAUGCCUUUUGGUAUCUUAGAAGAUCACAAGCUGGAGGUAGUACCCGGCACGGUGCUCCUGCGCGACCAGAACGACAUUCCGGAUGAUCUUCAGAACAUCGGUGUCACGCGUCUGAAGCAUGGCAAGGGCCGCUACGAACACGUUGUGCUAGUUCCACAGCCUUCAGACUCUCCGAACGAUCCUCUUAAUUGGCCAACAUGGUACAAAGACUGGGUGCUCUUCCUCGUUGGCAUGAGCGCCGCUGUCGUUGGUGCUUAUGGUCCCAUGCUUGGCCCUGGCUUCGUGCCCAUUGCCGCAGAACUUGGCAUCACUGUUGAGAUCCUGUCUCAGUCUACCGCCUGGCUCAUUCUCACACUGGGUAUCUGCGUCUUCAUCUUCAACCCGGCCGCGAAGAUCUGGGGAAAGCGUCCAGUCUAUGUCUUCGCUAGCAUCAUCCUCUUCGUCGUCAGCGUCUGGGGUGCGGUCGCCACGAACUACAGCUCCUUUCUCGGAUCCCGCGUCCUCGGCGCCCUCGGCAUGGCUCCCUACGAAGUGCUCGUCCAGGCUACCAUCUCGGAUCUGUACUUCAUCCACGAGCGCGCCACUCGUAUUGCCGUCUGGAAUCUCUUUCUCCUCUGCGGGAUCUGCGGCGCUGGAUUCAUCUCCGGCUAUAUCAUUGAGGACCUAGGCUACGAGUGGACAUUCGGAGUCUGCGCCAUUCUGUUCGGCAUCUUUGGGGUAGGCAUCGUGCUCUUCGUCCCGGAGACGACGUACAUCCGCAACGAGGUUACCGCUCAAGUCCUGGCUAAGACCGGCAUCCAAGACCAAGAACGCGGGGCCGUCAAUGAGGAAUUCGGGGACGAGAAGGGCGCAGGGACAGUUCACGUGGAAUACCAUAAUAUAUCUCGCAAGAUCACCGGUAACGGCUCGAGUCACGACGCAGCGACGGAGCCCAAGAUGAGCUAUCUCAAGUCCCUCCGCCUCUUCACCGGCCGCUACUCCGACGCGAAGAUCUGGAAGAUCUUCACCAGACCUUUCAUCAUGUUCUUCUACCCUUGCGUGUUCUGGGCAUUCCUCAUCUACGGCACGACUCUCACGUGGAUCGUCGUCUUCUCUGUCGUCAACGGCGUCAUCUUUACCGCGCCACCCUACAAUUUCACCGUGGGACAAGCCGGCCUCACCUCUCUCUCCCCAUUCAUCCUCUGCAUCAUCGGCGAGGCUAUCUCCGGCCCCUUGAACGACUACAUCUGUCUCAAGCUUGCCCGCGCUAAUCACGGCAUCUACGAGCCCGAGUUCCGGCUCGUGCUCAUGUUUGUCGUUGUCAUACUGGGCACAGUGGGCUUCUUUGGAUUCGGAGCGACUGUGCAUUACGUCACACACUGGACUGGUCCCGUUCUGACAUACGGGCUUGCGAACAUGGCUCUGGCGUUUGCAAGUACCUGCGUUUUCGGCUACGUGCUGGACUGCUAUCCGAAGCUCGCUGAAGAAAGCUUCGUUGCCAUAAAUACUCGCAACCUUCUGACAUUCGGGUUGACAUAUUUUGUCCAAGACUGGCUGGUCAAGGAUGGUGUGCUAAACGUCUUCAAUGUGCUAGGGGCUUGUUUCCUUGCCGUCUGCGCCCUCACGAUUCCGCUUUGGAUCUUCGGCAAGCGUAUCAGGGGCGCAGUGGCGAGGAGUGCUUUCCUCAACGAGUUCAUGACGGAUCUAUAAGCACCAAGCGGAGAAGCGCGUGGUUGGCCGCUCCCAAGUCAGGGCUUACAGAGCACAUGUAAUUACCUAAUUU